AUGGCAUUGCGCAUGCGCAAAAGAAUUAUCUGGGGUCAAAGGUCACUGAGGCUAAUGAUGGCAUCUUCUAACACUCUGAGACUAGAGAAAUCUGAGCUUAUCCUUCCUGGACUGGCUCUCCCAGAUUCAUUCAGAGCUCUCGACAGUCGACUGGAGUCCACCCUCCAACUAUGCUCACUGAAGGGUUCAGGGGACGGUCCUCUGCUCGGAUUAGUCACUGUGUGUCAGGAAAUGCAGACGCUCCUGAAACUGGCUUUUAUUGAGAAUGGCCUCCUUGCAAGCCGUAUGGAGCUACUAACACGAUACCAAACAGAAGCAGUCAAGAGCACUGACAGGAAGGUAGCACAAGUUGAACUGAGCCACAAGACAACUAAGAAGCAAGUGAAGAGACUAGGAAAGAAACUAUCAACGUAUGAGACAGUACAGAGAAGGAAGACUGAGCAAUGGUGGGACGUGAAGGUCAAUGCAACUGACUAUGACACUUUCUCCUAUCUCUCAAGAGGAUGCGGAUCACCUGACCUCGAGUUCAUGCUCAGGAUUAAUCAGAUCCUCGUAGACUUUGUCAAAGACACCGACCGCCAAGAGCUCAUACUGCCUCCUAUGGGUAGUGAGGAAAGGGCAGAGUUGUCUAAACUGGCCUCGACAUAUAAACUGCGUUGUCGCUUUGGCAAGUCCACUCAGCUGGCUGCCUCCACGCUAAUCAAAGCCAGGCAGACCACCAUCCCCAACCCUGGUGAGGUAGACGCUGUUCUCAAUACCUUUGCUCGUACCCACAAGAGAUCUGAAACUGGAGGUGACCAAGAGGCCGGGACAGAAACUCAGGACUCCAAAGAAAAUCCUUCGUCUCAACCAGCUGCCCCCUCCAAGCCAAAGCCCCCCUCCCCUCGUGUCAUGAUCCCCUCCUCUAUGCUCACUCCCCUCUCCAUCGUCACAUCUCCUACCGUUGAUGUCGGACUCUCCCUCGGACAAUCUCCGCCCACCUCUGGAAAGAGUACACCCACGGCCGAACCUGCACCUCCUCCUCCUCCUCCUCCAAAAACCAGUGCCACCGAUACGACCAAAAAAUCGAAAGAAGCACCCGAAAAUCCCUCCCCUAAGAAGAUUGAACCUUCCAAGCCGCCUUCCAAGCCGAUUGUACUCCGUGACCCUCGCCUGAGUGGUGCCUCACGAAAUGCUCUUCAUCUCCAGUACGCACAACAGCUGGUCACUGCUGCAGGACGACAGCAGCUGAGCUUGUCUGCCAGCUCGUCUGGUGGAGUUAAGCCCCUGCUCAGCAACCUCGGAAGUUUGCUUACACCACAGAUUUCUCCGAGUUUGCCGAAACCGUCUGCAGUGGUAGCUGCUUUGAUUAAGACUGAGGGGAAAAAGGCCGAGGGUGAAGGCAGUAAUAAACGAGAGAAAGAAUCAGGGGCUUCCCCUCCAAAGAGGCCACGGCUGACCAGGAAAAGUGCUGGAGGGAAUACUGAACAAGACUAGAAAACUGAAACUGUGUGUAUUUUGUUGCUACUAGCUCAUAUUGUAGUACAAUCAUUUACUCUAUCACACUUAUAAUUAUGUUAAUAUAAUUAUGUUAAUAUAAUUAUGUUUUUUGUACAAUAAUUAUAAGUUUGAAUAGCAACAAGGUAGUAUUAUAUAAUUAUCAUACACCAGUCAUUUAAUUAGAUAUUUCCUCUAGCUAUCUCCUGUUCAGUGAACACUAAAUUGUCAUCAGAAGUUGAGCUAGUCUCAGAGUUACUUUUAGCUUGGGUGAUGUUGUCACCAUUAUCUUCAGCUUGAUCACUAUAAAUUGUUCUUGUUUCAUG